AUGAGCCAAGAGCAUGAAUCUCCCGGUGAGAUAGAGGACACCGACAGCUUCGAAUUCACCCAACCACCCGAGGAGAGCGGGCCGCUCCAACGAGUGACUGACAACCCACGAAAUGUGCAAUGGAAGCCUUCAUCGAGAACUGUGGAAGAGACACUUGCAGAGGGUCUUUCGAAUGAAGAUCUUUGGAUGUUGAUUCGGCGAUUCAAUAAGGUAAGGCUUGGCCCUGCGGAAGUCGUUCUUCUGGACUGA